ACUCUCAAAUACAAAUACAAAUACAAAUACAAACGAAAAAAUAGUUAGCGUUUCUACAUAUUCAAUAUAUAUAUGUAUUCAACGCAUCUAAGCCUUGAUCCUUAAAUCACAGAAUUACCUUAUCCUCGGUGGUUAAUUUGAAACAAGAAUGACUUGUUGGAGCACCAUUCUUCGACUUGUUAUUUUUGUUUUUAUUCCUUUGUUUUCAAAAUUUCUUCUCGUUGGAGCGAUUAGUAACAAUUCCAGUGUUGCUAGUAGUUUCAAGUUGCGGUGCACUGAAUUUGAGAGAGGAGCCCUGCUUGGAUUCAAGGAAGGCCUCACAGAUCCUUCCGGCCGGCUUUCUUCUUGGGUUGGUGAAGAUUGCUGUAAAUGGAUGGGUGUAGGCUGCAGCAAAAGGACCGGGAAUGUUGUGAAGCUUGACCUCAGAAUGGAUGUUUAUGACUUCUCAUCAUAUUUGGGUGGUAAGAUAAGUCCUUCUUUGCUUCACUUAAAAUUUUUGAAGUACAUGGAUCUAAGCGGGAAUGAUUUCCAAGGAAUUCCAAUUCCAGAAUUCAUAGGUUCACUUAAGAAGUUGAGGUAUCUCAAUCUUUCUCAAGCAUCUUUUGGUGGAAUGAUUCCACCCCAUCUUGGAAAUCUAUCAAACCUGCAUUAUCUUGAUGUCUCUGCAUAUUUCUUUUCUGGAAAUAGUUGGGUUUCGGAAUUAAACUGGAUCUCUGGUCUCCCUUCUUUAAAAUACCUCAAUAUGGAUAGUGUGAACCUUAGAAAUGCAACAGGUUGGUUGCAAACUGUAAAUAGGCUUUCUUCUUUGUUGGAGUUGCACUUGAGCAACUGUGGACUUCAGAACUUGCCUCAUUCUCUACCAAAUCUCAAUUUCACUUCCCUUUCAGUCAUUGAUCUCUCUUCCAACGGCUUUAACUCUUCGUUACCUGGAUGGUUGUUUAAUAUUAGUACCCUUGUGGAUAUUAAUCUUAGCAUCAACAAAUUAGGAGGUCCUGUUGGCAAUGUUGCAUGGGGAAGUCACUGUAACUUGCAGAAUGUAGAUCUAUCUGUUAAUUCUAUAGUUGGUGAUAUAGGGAAACUCUUAAUCGAUUUGUCUGGAUGCAGUAAUAGCAGCUUGGAGAAGCUGAAUUUGAUGUCUAAUCAACUCAGUGGGCAGUUGCCCAGUUCACUAGGACGCCUUAAGAAUUUGAGAUCCUUUCUGAUAAACGAAAACUUAAUCUCAGGUCCAAUUCCACAAUCCGUUGGAAGGUUGUCAUUCUUAAAGGAAUUAGAUCUUUCAUUUAAUAAAAUGAAUGGAUCUAUCCCAGAAAGCGUUGGAAAACUAACGGAACUAACGAGUUUGCAACUCUAUCAGAAUUCUUGGAAAGGUGUCCUUUCUCAAAACUUUUUACAGGGUCUCACAAAACUGACACAGUUCUCCAUCUCAUCUUUGGACAAAAGUUUUGUUUUUGAUGUGAGACACGAAUGGCUUCCUCCUUUUAGCCUAGAGUCCAUCAAAAUUAGUAACUAUCCGUUGGGUCCUGCGUUUCCUGCAUGGCUUGGAACUCAGACACAGCUUUCAUCCAUAGUCCUCACAAAUGUCUCUCUUUCAGGCAUAAUACCUGAUUGGCUUUGGCAGUUAUCGCCGCAGAUUGAAACACUUGAUCUUUCUCACAAUCAAAUUGGCGGAGUGCUUCCCAAUUCAUUAGAAUUUCCCUAUACAGUGGAUUUAAGCUUCAACUGCCUAGAGGGUCUAGUUCCCCUCUGGCCUAACGUGAGGUUUCUCUAUUUGAAGAACAAUUCAUUUUCAGGACCAGUCCCAUCUAACAUGUCAUCUUUGCUAGUUCUCGAUCUUUCUGAAAACUUCCUGAAGGGCACCAUUCCUGCGUCCAUGGGUAAAUUAAGGGAUUUGGUAGCUCUUGAUCUUUCAAAAAACCAUUUAUAUGGGAAAAUCCCCCAUCACUGGGACGACUUGUCAGUUCUUUCAAGCAUAGACCUAUCCCACAACAAUCUAUCAGGUACAAUUCCUGGCACAAUAUGUUCACUCCCUUGGCUUGAGUGGUUGAAGUUGAGCAACAAUAAUCUUUCCGGGAAACUUUCUCUGCCUUUACGAAAUUGCACAAGCCUGGAAACCCUUGAUCUUGGAGAUAAUAAAUUAUCUGGAAGCAUGCCAGAGUGGAUUGGAGAAAGUCUUUCGUCACUGUCACAACUACGCAUGCGGGCCAACAUGUUUAGUGGCAAAAUUCCAGAACAAAUAUGUCGUCUUGCUAAGCUUCACAUCUUGGAUCUUGCGCAAAACAAUUUAUCAGGAGCCAUCCCACCAUGUCUGGGCAAUUUGAGUGGCUUCAAUUCUGUGAACUCGUAUAAUUUGCUACCAUCUGCACUCCGCCUUUAUUAUACUCCUCAAUUGGAUGUGACUGUGAAGGGAAGGCAACUUGAAUAUACCCUUACACUUGAGCUUGUGAAAACCAUAGACCUUUCAAGCAAUAAUUUGAAUGGACAAAUUCCAAAAGAGAUAACAAAUCUCUCAAGGUUAGGCUCCUUGAACUUGUCUAGGAACCAACUGACCGGCAACAUACCAGAGGGAAUUGGAGGCUUACGGCACUUAGAAACUCUUGACCUCUCUAGUAACCAUCUUUCUGGUCCAAUUCCUCCAAGCAUGUCUUCUAUGACAUUCUUAAACCAUUUGAACUUGUCUUAUAACAACUUUUCAGGACCAAUUCCGUCAACCAACCAGUUCCAAACCCUCAAUGAUCCAUCCAUUUAUGAAGGUAACCCCGAGCUUUGUGGGGCUCCAUUGUCAGCCGAGUGCACCACGCCAAACGAUGGAGAUGUAGAAGACAAUGACGAUGAAAAGAAAGGCAAAAAUGAAGACGAGAUUGAUAAGCUCUGGUUCUUCCUUAGCAUGGGAUUUGGAUUCGUUGUGGGAUUUUGGGCCAUUUUUGGCAGUUUGAUUAUAAAGAAGUCUUGGAGACAUGCCUAUUUCAGAUUCCUAGAUAAAGCUGAAGAUUGGAUCGUCGUGCUCUUUGCAAUUAAUGUUGCUCGUUUGCGACGGAUGAUAGAGAUGAGGAGAAGCUAAGGUUUAAGUGAGUUUGGCUGGUCUGCAUAGUAUGCUGGGGUUUGAAAGAUGCAAAUGAAUGAUGCAGGAAAGUUGGGAAAAAUGAUUUCUUUUUUUUUUUUGUGCUUUUGUUUUUGAUGUUGUUGUCUGUGUGAUUGUGACUGCGGUCAAUAUGGGCUUGUUUGAAGAUGCAUGCAUUGGGGGCGGAAACAGAGAUUUGGCAGCAGAUAUGAUAAUUGAAUUUGUGUUAUUUGUUAUAUAAUACUAGGUUGCUUUUGUCAUUUACAAAAUAUAAUACAUAAGUUGUAUUAAUUUUCUUCUCCAUCAAUUAAAAUCUUACCAUUUAUUCGGGGCUGAGAA